AUGCCAGAAUUAUCUGUUCAUGUCCUCUUAGGUCCAGAAGCAUCCAUCGUCUCGGUUGUUGAAACCAUUCCGGAGAUUACUGUUACAUUCGGCGAAGAAGGGUUACUAACAUGUGCUUACGAACGUAAACCAUAUGCCGUCUAUUGGAAAUUCUUGAGCGAUUCGUCAUCGAUCGAUCUGCUAGUUGUUCUAGAUCAAUACUACCAGGUCGGGAAAAGAUCAGGACCGGGGUACGACGCAGGGCGCUAUAAUGUUACUAACGACUUUUCGCUUCUCAUACAUGACGUCAGCGUAAAGGAUGAGGGCAGAUACAUCUGUGAAGUUUCCGACUUUGAAACAGGUCGAGUAUUUCGCAAUUACACCAAUGUUACUGUGACAGUAAAAGCAAUCAGGCCUCUCGUUAGGGUUCACCAAUGUGGAAGCAACUCGCCUGGCUCUGUGAAUGUGACGGACAAUCCAAAGGCAAGCUGUAUGAUCAAGACCAUACCUGACCAACGCCAUGUGCAGCUAGAUUGCUUCGUUGAGGGCGCUAAACCACAAGUUGACAUGUUCUGGAUGGAUAAUACCACCCUGCAGGACUUGUCAAACGGUACAUUUUUAACAAUUACCCCGGGAAAACGAGAGGGAACUGUGGAUCAAAAACUAACUGUGAUAUUACAGGUUUCUGAGUUUCAAUCCGAAGAUGACUACUUCACCUGCAUCGCUGAGGGCCCGGCAGUUGAAGGAAUAUCAUCCGUGACUGUUGGGAUCAACAACGUCAAACCUGGAGUACCAACAUCGGCAAUAGCAGCUGCAACAGAUUCGUCAUCGGUGGUGUUGAUGGUAGUGGUGGUGGUGUUGGUGGUGUUGGUGGUGGUGGUAGUUGUUGUCAUCAUAGCUGUACUUCUCUGUAAGAAAUACAAGAGACCACAAGACAGAACAGAAGACGAUCGUCCAGUGGAUAUUGAGACAGGUACACUAUUAAGUGAGUAG